CGACGAUUCUUCAUUCCCGCUGGCCGACGGUGUAGUUUCCAGCUAGCAGCAGCUCGCUUCUCUCUUCUCGGCCUCCCAUGUAUCAAAGAGAUUUAUUGCAGCAUUUUGCUAACCCGAGAACAGCUUACUCUGGUUUUCAAAGGAGGUACCGGCAACGAGUUGGCUGUCACAAAUUUCAGUUUGAGGCUUUACCCACGCCGCUACCUGUGGUUCAGCAAAUUGAUGUUAUGCUUUUGGGGAAACAGAAUGCUAGCUUUCCCAAUCUAUGAUUUGCAC